AUGAAAGCGGGUGAAGUCGUUAUACUUGAGGACAAAGAUUUUCUUGAUUUUAAAAACGAAUGUAUUACUGAUCAAGGAUGGAGAAUAUGUUAUGAAAAAUCAUCAUGCCGUGUAGCAACUAAGAAAAAUUCUCUAUCAGCAUUUGAUGUUGUUCGUAUUCAGUCAGACUUUAGUGAUAUUUCAGCUGAAUUACUUUAUGAUGUUAUACAUGAUGGUCAAUAUCGUUCAACAUGGGAUACAGCUAUGAUAGAAGGAUAUGAAUUAUGUGCAGUCUCAUAUAAUAGUGAUAUCGGAUAUUAUUCAAUGAAAAGCCCAACACCAUUUAAAAACCGUGAUUUGGUUACACAGCGUGCUUGGUUGGACCAUGGACGCAAUCAAGAAAAGAUUAUUAUCAAUCAUUCUGUCAAUCAUUUGCGUGAACCACCACGUAAGAAUUUUGUACGUGCAAUAUCCUAUGUAACUGGUUACUUAAUUAUACCGAUGGGACCAUCAUCAUGUAGAUUUUAUUAUAUGACACAAAGUGAUCCUGGAGGUAAUUUACCAGCAUGGAUAGUAAAUAAAGUAUCUAAGACUUUGGUCCCUCAAGUGAUAAAAAAAUUAACUAAAGCAUGUGCUAAAUAUGAUAAAUGGAAAACUAAAAAUCAGCCAUCAUAUAAACCAUGGUUAUAUCCUGAACAAAUGAAAGUAGGAAAUUUUAAGCAAAGUGAUAUUGGAAAAUUUGAUGCGAAAGAAACAUUAAAAGCAUCGGCCAAUAAUGAUGAAGGAGCUGUUCAAGAAAAUGCUGUUGAAUUUGAUGAUUCUGCUCAAGAAGACUAA